AACAGCUUUGGUCUAUCAGUCCCCAUUUGUCGUCUACCUUCAUUCCAUUUCCCAUUUCUGUUCACCUAAUUCGCUUAUUUGGUUGUGAAGCGUGAACCUUGCAGCUAUCCCAAGUCAAUUUAUGCCCAAUUUUUCAAUAAUUUCCAUUAACUCAUCCUUUGGUUGUAAUUUGAUACUUGAUUGGAUAAUCUAUACUUCUCGUUGAUUCCUUGAAUUCUUUUGUCGGCCAUGGCUGUAGACGAGGAAAUGGUACCAAAGAAGAAGAAAGAGCCCACUGAAAACGAGAAGAGGAGAAUGAAAAUUGUGCCUGGGAGUUUGAUGAAAGCUGAGAUGAGACCGGGUGGCGGUGAUGCUAGACCAUCAGAUGGUGACCAGGUCAUAUACCAUUGCACUGUUAGAACAUUGGAUGGAGUUGCUGUAGAGUCUACUAGGUUGGAAUAUGGAGGCAAGGACACUCCAAUAAGACAAGUUUUGGGAAAAAGUAAGAUGAUACUAGGAUUGCUGGAAGGACUUCCAACAAUGCUGAAGGGUGAAGUGGCAUUGUUCAAGAUGAAACCUGAAAUGCACUAUUGCGAGGUUGAUUGUCCAGUUUCACCUCCAAGUAGCUUUCCACAGGAAGAUGAACUUCAUUUUGAGAUUGAGAUGAUAGACUUUUCUAAAGUCAAGGUUGUCAGUGAUGAUUUGGGAGUUAUAAAGAAGGUAGUAAAUGAAGGGUUGGGCUGGGAAUCUCCAAGGGAACCUUAUGAAGUAAAGGCUAGGAUUUCUGCAAAGACGGGCAAUGGGAAAGUAAUUUUAUCACAUACACAAGAACCAUAUUGCUUUACUUUUGGGAAAUCUGAGGUACCUAAGGGCCUUGAAAUGGGGAUGGGAACAAUGUCACGAGAAGAGAAAGCAGUAAUAUAUGUUAACAACCAGUACUUAACCGAGUCUCCUCUGCUCUCUCUGGUGGAAGGUUUUGAUGAAGUUCAUUUUGAAGUGGAGCUUGUCCAUUUCACUCAGGUGCGGGACAUGCUUGGAGAUGGCCGCCUGAUAAAGCGUCGGCUUUGUGAUGGAAGAGGUGAAUUUCCCAUGGAUUGCCCCCUUCAUGACAGUCUACUACGAGUACAUUACAAGGGUAUGCUUCUUAAUGAGGAAAAGAAGGUCUUCUAUGAUACAAGAGUUGAUAAUGAUGGUCAGCCUUUGGAGUUCAGUUCUGGAGAAGGGCUAGUCCCUGAAGGAUUUGAAAUGUGUGUUCGUUUAAUGCUUCCUGGAGAGAUAGCUCUUGUCACUUGUCCUCCUGAUUAUGCCUAUGACAAGUUCCGGAGGCCAGUUAAUGUUCCUGAAGGUGUUCAUAUUCAAUGGGAAAUUGAGCUACUUGGUUUUGAGAUGCCAAAGGAUUGGACUGGUAUGGAUUUUCCAAGUAUAAUGGGUGAAGCAGAGAAGAUUAGAAACAAAGGAAACAGGCUCUUCAAAGAAGGAAAGUUUGAACUUGCAAAGGCAAAAUAUGAGAAGGUACUUAGGGAAUUUAAUCACGUAAAUCCACAAGAUGAUGAAGAAGGGAAGGUUUUUGUAGAUACUAGAAACUUGUUAAAUUUGAACUUGGCUGCAUCCUACCUAAAAAUGGGAGAUUGCAAAAAGUCCAUUGAGUAUUGCAAUAAGGUUUUGGAUGCAAAUCCUGCACAUGUAAAGGCUCUGUACCGACGUGGAAUGGCCUACAUGACAGAUGGAGAUUUUGAGGAAGCAAAAAAUGAUUUUGAAAAGAUGAUGAAAGUUGACAAGUCAUCUGAACCUGAUGCAACGGCAGCACUUCAAAAACUGAAGCAGAAGAAACAGAUCUUUCUGUAUGACUACCAUUUAUUAAGCAGGAAGUUGAGAAGAAGGCACGUAAACAAUUCAAAGGACUAUUUGACAAGAAGCCAGGGGAAAUCGCAGAUGUUGGAACUCAAGAUACAGAAGAGAGGAGUACAAGUGAAAAUCAGACGAAAGAUGGUGAGGAGGAUUCAGAUGGGAUCGAGGAAGAGGCAUUGCUUCAAGAUCAAGAUGCAGCCAAUGCACCUAGAGUAGGCUGGUUCUCCCACUUGUGGCCUACUGGUAGAAGACUGUUUUCUGCUCUUGGUUUUCAAAGAUGUACUAUAUUGUGACAUGGAAUAAUUUGUUUUGGGAUCCAACUUCUUGUACUUUUGGAUUCAGCAAAAGAAGUUCAUUUCUGAGGAGAUAAA